AAAUUUUAUUAGGGUGCCAAAAGACAACGAUGACCAGUAAGCUUUGAUAGGGAGCCUAAAAGACAAGUAUGACAAGUCAAUCAGCACCAAUCAUUUCAUGAGAUUAGCCAUUAAUUAUGCAUUUGGCUCCCUUAUUCAAUACCCUAUUUGCGCCAACACGGCUAUAAAAAGCGCUCGUUUUACAAAUGCUAGUUAUUUACUGAUUUGCAUUCAUUGAUUCGACCACUAUGAAGUACAUUGCUAUUCCAACUUACUCUUCCAGUGAAGCUCUUCCUGCUUUGGAGACAUAUAGUCCAGGCAGUAGCCUUCCAACUCUGACUCUUUCUGAAGAGCAUCUGGAAAUGGCCAUGUAUCUAAUGGCCAAACCCACUACUCCAAUCACUAUUGAAUCUCCUAUUUGGUCUGAUCCAACCAUUGACUGGGCUAAAUAUUCGAUGGUUUUGGUUCAAGAUGCACGAGACUAUGAUCGCAAUGUUCAUGCAUUCCGUCAAUGGCUAGCAAGCCUGACUGUUCCUGUGUUCAAUCCCUCGUCCGUCGUCAAUUGGAACAUCAACAAAAAUUAUUUACUAGAACUUUCUAAAACAGUAGAAACAGUUCCUACAUUAUUUAUAACUCGUCAUCAAUGGGAAUCGAUUCGUGAUCAACUGAAUCCACAUCAGGAUGUCGGUGCGUUGGUUGCCCAGCUCGUUCAUCAAGCUCAACCUGAUAGUUUCACAUGCUUACCACAAGACUAUCCUUCUGCAGCGGGUUACGUUAUUAAACCUUCUGUUUCGCUCAACUCGCAAAACACAGAGCGAUUCACAGCCACAAUGGAAAUGCAAGCUGCACAAGCGCAUAUUGAUGCUGUGUUUGCUUCGAAAGGAGAUACCGAAACUACGAUUUUGAUUCAGCCUUUUCUCAAAGAAAUACAACUUGAUGGCGAAGUAUCGUUGGUCUUUAUUGGCGGAGUAUACUCUCACUCGGUUCAGAAAACUGUGAAAAAGGGUGAUUUUCGUGUCCAAGAGCAAUGGGGUGGAUCAUGCAAGCGGGUAACUUCGCCUGCCAGUGUGGUAACCUUGGCUGAGCAGAUAUUGACGGAAGCUCAAAAAGCGUACGAUCCAUUAAACCAAGUGAACCAAUUGCUGUAUGCUAGAGUCGACAUUGUUCUUAUCGAUGGGGUUAAACCUGUUUUGAUGGAACUGGAAUUGAUUGAACCAUCACUAUAUCUAUCGUAUGAUGAUACUGCCCUCGAGAAAUUUGCCAAUGCAGUAUUUGCUUUUUUGGAAAAACAAUAAUUGCUCUAUACUGAUUUUUUUGAUAAAGAUGGAGUUUGGUUUUAAUGCACAAAUGAUCUGGGUUGGUUCUAGGCUGGUUUAUCCUGUUUCGAUACUAUCAAGUGCUCGCCAAUGCAGCUAAUUCUUUGUACGAAUAAAAUCAAAUAUGUUCAACUUUA